AUGUUCCGCCGGCAUGAGAACCUGCAAAACCGGCUGUGGAGAUACCGAGGACCCAUAGCAGUGGCCGUGUCGCUGCUGCUGGUGGUACUGCUGGCGUUCUCGGCGCUACCGCCGCGCGACCCGGCCCGCUCCCUCCCGAGCGCACACCUGCGGGGCGCCGGCACGUUUGGCGGCGGCGGCCGGAGCGGCGACGACAGCGGCGGCGGCGGCGACGGCGGCAACCAUGAUAUCUACAGCGUAGUCAUUGACGCGGGCAGCACGGGCAGCAGGAUCCAUGUCCUCAAAUUCAAACGGGACGCAGCUACCCGGCAGCUGCAGCUGGUGAAGACGGGUUUCAAGGCGCUCAAGCCGGGGCUGAGCGCGUACAGGGACGAGCCCCAAAAAGCUGGGGAGAGCCUGAGGCCGCUGCUGGAGACGGCAAUGGCGGACGUGCCCGAGGGGCGGCGCGCGGUGACAGGGCUGAGCCUGAAGGCGACGGCGGGGCUGCGGCUGCUACCAGGCAGGAAGGCAGACGAAAUAUUGAAGGCGGUGACGUCACUCCUCGAGGGCUACCCCUUCCAGCUGAAGGAGGGCGCCGUCGGCAUCAUGGAUGGUGCCCAUGAGGGUGCCUAUGCGUGGCUCACACUGAACUACUUGCUUGGCAAGCUCGGCGGCGGCCCCAACGCGACCGUCGCCGCGAUCGACCUGGGCGGCGGCUCCGUGCAGGAGGCAUUCGCGCUGCCAGACGCGGAAGUCAAACAGGCGCCGGAGGGAUACGUCACGACCGUGAGGGCGGGGGCGGGCAGCUACAACGUGUACGUGCACAGCUACCUGGGCUAUGGCCUGAUGGCGGCCCGAGCCCGGGUCAUCGAGUCGGGCGCCCCUGGGCCUGGCGGCGGCGCCGGGAACGGCACGGGCCACCCCUGCUUCGCCAAAGGCACGAAUUUGAAAUACUCGUAUGCAGGGAAGGACUACCAAGUCAUCGCCGCCGGCGACUUCACGCGCUGCGCGGCGGCGGCGUUCAAGGCGCUUGAGCAUGACAAGGACUGCGGCGCCGACAAGGCCGCGUGCUCGUUCAGCGGCGCAUGGCGCGGUAAGCCGAGCUCCAUGCAGCGCGUGUACUAUGUGAGCAGCUACUUUUUUGACAGGGCGGUGGAGGCGGGGAUCAUUACAGACAAGAACGCCAUUGACUUCAAGACCACGCCACACGAGUUCGCGCGCCUCGCGGGCGAGGUGUGUGGCAAGGAUGCCGCUGAGCUGGCGAAGCGGUUUUCCCUGCAAGACGACAACGCACCGUUCUUCUGCCUCGACCUCAGCUUCUGCCACACCGUGCUGACCCAGGGCUUCGACAUGCCAGACCACGAAAGUUUGACUCUGGUCAAGAAGGUCAAAUAUGGCGAUCUGGGGCCGAUCGAUGCCUCGUGGUCGUUGGGCGCGGCUAUCGACGAGCUGUCGACACCCGCGCCGGCGCGGCGGCAGCGGCGGCGGCUGAGAAGGCGUGGGCGACGGCGAAUGUAG